CUUCGAGGAGGACGCGCUGGGGGAGCUGCCUGUAGCUUUAACCUUACUGUUUUAUUAACUGUAGCGACGCUCUGUCUUCACUAAACAUGUCCAGCUCCACGGCAAAACACACCAAACCUGCUCUGAAAGUGACCACGUCAUCAGGCAGGAUGAACCUCUCAUCAUCAGGAAUACUAAAACCAAACCUAAGUGCUACACGGAGUGUCAACGCCUCUGUAAGCCGAAAGAGCUUCAGUUUAGCAGGGGAUAGUAAAAUUUUGGAUAAAAGCUCUGCUCAAACUCCUAAACACAUUGUACAGGUUUUAGAUGAAACAGGGAAAGAUGUCACACCUCAGCCUCUGUACCAGCCAGAACCUGGAGCUGUACUAACCAAGCAGAACAAAAUCUUCGCACCUCAUGACACAUCAGGGGGGACCGUGUCUGACUUCUUAUCCACAGCUUUCCAAACCACUAACGCAAGCUUCGCGGCACCCUUUACAAGGUCCAUUUUUGGCAGCAGCUCUGUGUCCAGAUCAAGCCAGUCUACAAUGGAAUCAAUCAGUGAUGAAAUUGAGGAUCUGUCUUUGAAAAAAGAUAUAUCAGUUGGUCUCUCAGAUGUCCAGAUUCGGAGAGAGGAGACGAAGGAGCAAAUCAAAGUGCACAUGCUGGACAGUAUGGUGGAUUGCUACCUCACUGAGACAGAAACUAUCUGGCUGCUGGACAUGCCUGCAGUGACUGUGUCUGUAGACUCAGAUGAAGCUGAAAUAGUCAAAGAGAGAAACAAUGCAUAUACAGAACUUUGCAAAAGCAGACUGGGCAAUGAUAAAUAUGUAGAGCGCUCAAUGCAGACUUUUAACGGGGCGCCCAAAGCUAAAGAGGUCCAGACGGACAACAUCACCAUGGUGGAAAAAGCUACCACAGCCACGAUUUGGGACAUGUUUGACUCUUAUGUGAGUGGAAGCAAGGCAGGAGAACCCAUUUCUUCAGAUGGAGAGAGGCCCACCAUCCCAGACAUCUCAGUUCAUCACCUAGAUUCAAGCAGACAUCUAGACAGAACCACGUCUGGAGUCAGUGCCAAUAGCAUAGCCAGUACCACCAGCUCCAGAAUAGAUACGGAGGCCUUUGUGGUUCAAGUAGAGGACAAGUCUGACCCAGAGCUGGUCUUACAGUCUGAGAAGUUCUUGCAAGAUCUUCUGGUUAUGGAGCGAAUGAUUCUGAAGAACAUCUACCAGCCCAAGCUGGCUGCCUACAGACUGCUGCCAAUACUGACAGAUCCAGACAGUGCGGCAAUUGAAACAGAGAGCCAGGAGGAAAGUUCUCUCAGCCCAGCACUGGAGCGUCUAUGGGCCUUCAGCUGCGAGCUCACCAUAGGUCGCAAUGUCAGCAGCAUGGCCUGGAACAAGAAAAAUCCAGACCUUCUAGCUGUGGGAUACGGACAGUUUGACUUCAAAGAUCAGAAAUCUGGACUUGUCUGCUGCUGGUCUUUGAAGAACCCUACUUGGCCUGAGCGGAUCUUUUUCUGCGAGAGUGGUGUUACGUCCCUGGACUUCUCAGCCUCAAAUGCCAAUCAGCUGGCAGUGGGCAUGCAUGAUGGCAGCAUUGCCAUCUACAAUGUACAGAGCAGAGAGAAAACACCCGUCAUCGACAGCAGUGACUGUGCCCACAAACACACAGGUCCGGUGUGGCAGGUGAAGUGGGUAGAUCACGAGCGGGGGCCUUCAGGAGAAUAUAAAGGAGAGACGCUGAUCUCUGUGGCUGCUGAUGGGAGGAUCUGCAAAUGGUUCCUGCGUAAAGGCCUGGACUGCAUUGAUCUGAUGAAGCUCAAAAGGACGAGGAAUGACAAGAACCUGCUGGGAGAAAGAGAGAGGAAGAGUGAGGCUCUGAUUUCUCGCCUGGCGCCUGGACUGUGUUUCACGUUUCAUCGUAAUGAUUUCAAUAUCUAUUUGACUGGAACAGAAGAGGGACAUAUUCACAAGUGCUCCUGUUCAUACAAUGAGCAAUUCCUGGAGACAUACACAGCACACAGAGGUCCUAUCUAUAAGGUCACUUGGUCACCCUUCUGUCCAGAUGUCUUCCUAAGUUGUUCUGCAGACUGGACCAUUCAGCUUUGGAGGGAAGAUCUCCUCACACCUGUUCUGGCCUUCACCUCUACACAGAAAGCUGUCCAUGAUGUCAUGUGGUCCCCACGAUGGGCCACUGUGUUUGGGGCAGUAAAUGAGGGCAGGGUGGAGAUCUGGGACCUGGGAGCCAGCAUUCUAGAUCCAACUACAGUGAGUGUUGCUAGUCCAGGCGUGAAGCUUACAUCCCUGCUUUUUGCCAAAGAGACAGACUGCAUCUUGGUUGGGGACAGUGAAGGCCAGGUCAGCGUCUACAAGCUAGAUAACCUAGGAGUGGGAGCAGGCACACAGUUGGACACACUUGAGGACAUCAUCAGGUCCACGCUAGCCAGCCAGCUGUGAGAAAGACUCACAGCUUUAGGGCUUAGCAACAGGCUUUAGGGCCUGUUGGUGGGGCGCUGGCUGAGGAUCAGGCUGUUGAGCUGCCUACUCUACUCCAUCAUCUGUCUGACAGUAAUGUCUGUUAUCCAUCAGACUCAGAGACUCCAUUUCAGAAUAACAAUGAGAUUACAACAGACUGGCCAUGUCUGGAAGAACAUUCAGUUUUCUUGUAUGAGUAGAAUAAACAUAUUGCCAAAACAGGACCACCUGCCAAAAACAAUUCAUAAAGUUACCAAUAUGUCUGAGCCAAGGUAACCAGUACAUCUCCAAGAAAGUCUGUAUGCUGGUCUAUGCAGACCAGCUCUUGAGGUUGUUUAGCCCCACUUUUUCUCAUCUUAAAGGGGAAUUACACUGAUUUUUCCAAGGUUCUCCAGAACACAGUUGUUGAGAUGUAAACAAAGUCAUUCAAAAACUUACCUACAAUGAUUUCUUUACAGUGGUGUUGAUAGGAACCAGGGGUCACAAUUUACUAUGCAUAAUGACCAGUGAACCUACACGUCUUCUGAGUGUUUAUAUGUAAUGUUGAUUAUGGUGAAAUAAUAUGGUAAAUCUGAACAUUUCAGUUUUCUCUGGGGACUGUUUUGCCUUAGAAAGCCCCACCUGUAGGUCUCCACUGUGAAUAUAUUUUUUAAAAAGACAUUUUUGGCCAAAACCCUCAUCUAAAAAGCUCAUCAAAACUUAUCAGGCAGCUUCUGUGUGGUAGCCUUUAGAGGCAUUAAAUGCUUUGGAUGCCUGGUUCACCACUUCUGUCAUGCAAUUCUAUCUUUGCAAGUUUCUGUAGAACUCUGAAUGACUUUGUUUACAUCUUAACAAUUUAAUAAAAAAUAGAUGAAGUCACCCAUAACUCUUUAAAGUCAAUGUGAACACAUUUUUGUUCCAUACAGAGUGAAAUAUUUGAGUGAAAUAUCAGGGAGGGUCUCUGAGCUAGCUGAGCGUUUUUGUUGGAUGGUAGGUGGGGAUAGUGGGUGAUAGAGGUUAAACAUGAUUUUGUUGUAGUUUGAUAUAGUUUUUCACCGCCUGCUGGUACACAGCCACAUAAUCAAAAAUCCUAAGCCUUUUUUAAGAUGGGCAAAAGCCACUACACUUCAAUCAAACAUGACAGGAAAAGGAGAAUUAUGUCUUUUUAAUGCUAUGGUAUGAUGAUUUAUGGUAAAUAUGUCAACAGACAUGAACUAGCAAAGUUAGAAAGGUCAAUUUUCAGGUUGACUUUAACUUUUCCUUCAUCCACUAAGAAUUUGUGCAUAUUUUACCAGUUCCCAAUUGGCUAAAUCAUGAUUGAAAAGAUAUUUGAGCUUAGUAUUUUUAAGCAAAUAAUUGUCAAAACACCAACUAGUUCUCAGAAUCAAAAGACCCCUAGAGCAUGUGGCCUUUAUGACAGCGACACAGAGUUAAUGGAGAGGCUAUAGAGGUCUGAUUACCAGAACCUCUUGACAGAUGACAACCCAUCCAUGCCAUCAACAGCCCCAUCACACCUCAGCAAAUGGCUGUCAUUAUGGGAACUGCUGUAAUCCAUGACCUGUCUGAGAGGUCCUUUAGUGCAAAUCAAACAGAUUAAUGCUGAAGCUCAGUCAGAGGCUCUGCACAAAUACUGUCUGUAGCUUUACAAGAUCAGCAGUUAUGGAUGUAAAUGGAUUCUAGAUGUGCCUUUGCCUAUGUUUAGCUUAUGGUUUAUUCAGUGUGUCGCUUUUUAGUGUGUGUGGCACAGACCUUUCCUAAGUGCUCACCCAUCUUUCAUCUCAUUGAGUUUAGCCUGCACCACAGCCUGUAGACUGGCUUUACUUUAUUUAUGAUGAACAACUAAUUAUGCUUGAAA